AUGCUCAGGAAAAUCCAGGCUCGUCUUGCCAGACCUCUCUCCAGGGCCUAUUCUGACAGACCAGAGACAUGGCAGAUGGACAAAUUGACGGACAUUGGCUCGAGGAAGAUUUUCACGGAGGAGCACGAUAUUAUGAGGGAGCAAGUGAGAAAGUUCUACGAGUCUGUUCCGAUGGAGCGGAAGAUGAAAUGGGAGGAACAGGGUCAUUUGGACAGAGAGUUUUUCAAGGAGUGCGGCAAGCAGGGACUUAUUGGCAUCGAACAGUCUGCGGACAAGCACGGGCACGGUUUGGACUUCUAUUCGAAUGUCAUCCAAAUCGAAGAGCAAAUCUACGGCCUUGUUCCUGGAUUGAUGCAAGUUCAAAACGAUCUGGUCCUUCCAUACAUCUGCAGCUACGGAACUGAUGAGCAAGUCGACCGAUAUGUGCCUGGAAUAAGGGAUGGAGAGAUUAUUUCUUGUCUGUGUAUGACUGAGCCAGGAAGUGGAUCCGACGUCCAGGGUAUUAAAACAAACGCUAUUCGAGACGGAGACGACUGGAUUCUCAACGGUUCAAAAGUAUUCAUCUCUUGUGGCUAUAUGUCGGACAUGGCGAUCGUUGUGGCUGUUACAGACAAAGACGCGGAAAAGGCGGCGUAUGGAAUCUCUCUCUUUUUGGUCGAUACAAACUUACCAGGGUUUGAAAAAGGAAAACUUCUGAAAAAAAUCGGCCGCGCAAGUGCGGACACGGCGGAACUUUUCUUCAACGACGUGCGUCUUCCGGCAAACGCGGUGUUGGGAGGUGAAGAAGGAAUCAACCGAGGCUUCCAGUUUUUGAUGCACGAUCUGGGUCGAGAACGACUGCUUGUGGCGAUGGGAUGCACUGCACAGCUUGAGAAGGCUUUCGAAUUGACGAGAGAGUAUGUUCAUGAGCGAGAGGCAUUCGGAAAGCCACUGAUUGCCAAUCAACAAGUCAGGCAUACUCUUGCUGAAGUGAAAACAGAAUGCAUGGUGCUCAGAACAAUCACUGACAAACACAUCCAAGCCUACGCAGAAGGAGAUCUUGAUCAGCAGAGUGUUUCUAUGCUCAAGUAUUACACCUCCGAAAAGUGCAUCGAAAACAUCACAAAGCUCCAGCAACUCUGGGGCGGCUAUGGCUACAUGCUCGAGUACCCCAUCGCUCAAAUGUUCUCUGGAGUGAGAGUCGAGUCGAUCUACGCUGGAACAACAGAAAUCAUGAAGGAACUCGUCGCGCGAACUUUGUAA